ACCAACACGGAGCCGCAACUACAGUCUUAGCUCAGCGCCGGAGCUGACAGUUGGCCGGGAUACGCGUGAAAGCACAAUUUCGGCGUUUUCGGACGUGAUUGAGAAACUUUCGGGUGUUUCUUCGGUUUUGUGAAAGUUGCCGUUCCGCCGCGCAAGGAGCUAACUUAUGGGAUUAGUUUGCACGCAGCCUGACAGCGGAGGCGGACUGCGGUGGGAUGGGCUGUGAGGUGUUCAAGAUGGCGGCGCCCUGUGGAGUGCAGCUACUCUAACAGAGGUGCCUGGAGACUGUAUUGGUGGGUGGGCCCCAGGAGUCCUCCAGGCAAGCAGGGACGGACACCGUGAGCGCAACGCUGCCUCCACCUCCAGCACUGCCACCACCAUGGCCAGGGAGCAGCCCAACGUGGGGGACCUCCUCCCACUCCUGGAGACCUCCGACCUCCACCAGCUAGACGAGAUCAGAGGCCUUAUCAACGAGCAGCUCAGCACCGAGCGAGGGUCCAUGCUGCUGAAUGGGCUGGUCGACUACUUUUUGGAAACCAACUCCGCCCAGGCCAUGCAUAUCCUGUCAUCUGUCAGAGAGCCACAUGACAAGCACCUUCUAGACAAGAUGAACGACUGUAUGACCAAACAGGCCUGCCGGCUGCCCACCCUCACUCUGCUCGGACAUGUAAUCCGCAAGCAGCCGUCCUGGAUCCACAAGAUUGCUCGAUACCCUCUGCUGCUCUCGCUGCUCAAAUGCCUAAAGACGGAUACGGAUGUAGUGGUGCUCAUAACCGGAGUGCUGGUGCUGAUCACGCUGCUGCCGAUGAUCCCUCAAGCUGGGAAGCAACACCUGUGGGAGUAUUUUGACAUCUUUGGCCGCCUGGCAUCCUGGAACCUUAAGAAUCCAGGCCAUGUUUCAGAGGUUUACCUAAUCCACCUACAUGCCAGCGUGUAUUCACUCUUCCACCGUCUCUAUGGCAUGUAUCCAUGCAACUUCGUGUCCUACCUGCGCUCCCAUUACAGCAUGAAGGAGAACAUGGAAACCUUUGAGGAAGUAGUGAAGCCGAUGCUUGAACAUGUUCGUAUCCACCCAGAACUGGUGACAGGAACCAAGGACCAUGAGCUCGACCCCACCAGGUGGAAAAAGUAUGAAAUCCAUGAUAUCGUCAUCGAAUGUGCCAAAGUGUCUCUAGACCCCAAGGAGGCCUCCUGUGAGGAGGGUUACACCACCAUGCCUGAGAACUUUUACCCACAAAUCCACCUGCGACCACAAGACUGCACUUCCAGCCCCUACGCCGACCUCCACAGCAGCUACGGAAGCUCUUCUUCGACCCCAUUCUCAACUCCACGGCAGCCACAACCGCCUCCCCUGUCCUUGCCCCCCUUCUCAGGAACACAGUCCUCCUAUCGCAGCCCACAGACCUCCAGACGGCAGAACUCCACCUGUGAACUCAACUCUUCCUGUGGGGGGAAGGACCCUCUGUGGAGCCCCUCCUCGUUGUGCGGCAUGGCCACGCCCCCUUCCUCGAGGGGCAUGUCGCCCAACCUAGAGCUCUCCCACAGUGCCUCACACCUUCCCAGCCGCUUCCACUGCACAUCAGGAGGAAAAGGAACGCCGGCUUCCAGCACUCCAGCCACCUCUUCCCCACCUCCCACCCUAUCAGAUGACUUCCCCAUCAUCUCAUUACCAGCCAACACAGUCCAGUCCAGUCCACCGAGAAAGGAUCGGCGACAAGGAGAAAGUGGAAAACCAGCGCUGGUGAGACAGGAACCUGUGAAAGAUAUGGAGAAGAGUUUGGAAGUGGCUCCAAGCAGAGAUGCAGGAGCUGCAGAGAACAUCUCCAUGACUCUGACAGAACUGUCGGUUUUCAUGAAGAAACAGGAGCUGGAGCUUCAGCUGAGGACAGAAAAGGAGAGGGAAGAGGCUGCCAUCACAGAAGAGCUGCUGAAGAUCACGGAGGAUAAGCAGGAACCGUUGGGCCUGAGGGGCUUCGACUCGCCUUUUUAUCACACCACCGAGACUCUGACUGGCUGUCAGACACAAGUCAAGACCCUCUCCAGCACCCAACCUGGAGGCCUCAUCCGAGACACCCACCACGCCGUAUCAACGCCAGACAAAGCUGAGAACGCUGCGAAUAGCGGCGGCGUUGGCAGCGACAGAGGAGGAGCAGGAGGAGACAGCAGGACUUCAGCCCACGGCCUCGAGCAGCCCUGGUCCUUCCAGUCGGGCUUCACUCCCAUCGACCACCACCUGCACCGAAGCCCCUCCGCCCCGGACGACGAGGUGGGAAAGUUCGGAAUGUUCUCUCCGAGCCCCUGCAGCAAGACGCCGGCGCCGGUGCCAUACGAGUCGUUCUUCGAUCUGGCCCUGCCGAGGGCGGCGUCGCUCUUCGUGGGCCAGAAGACGUCGGAGGCGGUGCACAAGGCGACACUGGAGAGGCUGUCGCAGCGGGAGGAGGGUCUGGAGGACGGGGAGGAGGAGGGAGUAGUGUCUGCUUCACCACUGGAGGUGCUGGAUCGCCUUGUUCAGCAGGGGAGUGACGCCCACGAUAAAGUUCUCAAGAGAUUACCUUUGCCAAGUAAGUCAGCUGACUGGACACACUUUGGAGGCUCGGCUCCGCUGGACGAGCUCCACAUGCUGCGCAGCCAGCUGCUCCUGCUGCACAACCAGCUGCUGUACGAGCGCUACAAGAGGGAGCAGCACGCCGUCCGCAACCGACGCCUCCUCCGACGCAUCAUCAACGCCACGGCGCUGGAAGAGCAGAACAACGCCAUGAAGGACCAGCUGAACCUGCAGAGCGUCGACAUCUUGUCCCUGAGGGAAAGUCUGCAGGUGGAGCAGCAGCGCUACCGGCAGCUGUGGGACGACCGGGAGACGGUGGUGACCAGGCUGCACAGUCAGAUCAGACAACUGCAGCAGGGCCGGGACGACUACUACACCAAGAACCAGGAGCUCCAGAGCAAGCUGCAGGAGUGUCAGAAAAGGAUGGAUGAGUUAGAGGCGGAGCUUCAGAGAGCCAACAACAAAGUCUGCCACACUGGUCACCUCCUCAACCAGAUGACUAUCAAGCUGAGCAACAGCGAGAGCACCCAGCAGCAGAUGAGCUUCCUGAACAAGCAGCUGCUGCUCCUCGGGGAGGCACAUAAGCUGUCCAUGCAGGAAUUACAGCAUGCGGGCGCCGACAACACAAAGGAGGCCCAGAUGCUGCAGCUGUCUUAUGGGAAGGAGGUGGAGACGCUCAGGCAGAGUUUGCUGAUUCAGGGUCAGAAGCUGGAGGCGGCGCAGCAGAGAGGCGCUGAGCUGGAGACGCACCUCUCCAAGAAGGAGCACCUCAUCGCCGAGCAAAAGAAGUUCCUGGAAGACGUGAAGUGUCAAGCGAAGGCGGAGCUGCAGGCCUCCGACAGCAGGUAUCAGGCUCAGAGGAGAAUCACUCAGCUGCUGCAGACUGAACUCCUGCAGCUCUACAGCCGAGUGGAGAUGGAGGCUCCGGCCAGCAGCACCACCGGCUCUCCACCAGGGGGCAGAGCUGACCCACACACUCCUGCUGACUCCAGUGUCAUGGUGCCAGAUGGACCAAGUAAAGUUCACACCAACGAGGAGACAGACAGCAGACCACCGCACGAUUCCCCUCGUGGCAACGGCAGCACUUUAUUGCCAGGGCAACCGAAGGCGAGCAACUCUUCCAAGUCAACGGCCAACUCCAUCAACGGCAGCCAGGACCUGGCCCCGCCCCUGCUGGUGGAGCCGCCGUCCCUGUCCUGUCCCCACGCCAACCCCCUCACGCCCCUGCCCGCCUCCGACGCGCCGCUCACCGUGGGCUCCUACCCCAGCGCCAAGAGCUUCCUGGGCAUGAGGGCGCGCGAGCUGUUCCGCAACAAGAGCGAGAGCCAGUGCGACGAGGAGCAACAGCAACAACACCCGCCGCCACCCCGCCUGGCCGGCCUCGCCCAUGGCCUCAAGACUGAGCUUUGCGUGGAGCCGCCGCCACCCUGUCCAGGUUAUAUGGCCCCCGUCGGCUCUGCGCCUCCCCCAGCCACAGCCCCCGCUGCUCCACUCACUGUGCCCACCAAGGAGCCCUCGUCUGAGCCCAAGCAGCGGGUCUCCAGCCAGGAAAGCCCCCGCAGGAAGGCAGCGGCCGGGCCGGGCGGAGGCAGGAGUCAGGUGGGGUCCGGUCGCCCCCGGCAGCAGCAGCUAAAGAUCAUGGACUACAACGAAACACAUCAUGAGCACAGUUAGGGACACAGAACUGAGCUGGGAUGAGGAGAGACUGAAGUUUAUCGAUGGAGAAGAGCUACAAAUCAGCUAAAGAGUAACAUGUCAGCGACUUUGGAAUUCAGUGUUAUUUGUUCCAUUCCCCUGAGUGAGGGUCCUCUUGAGUGGACAACAGGAUUCCCCCAAAUGUUUUUCUACUUUUUCUUCCUUUUCUUUCCAUACUAAAUCAUUACCAUGAAGGAUCUUGACCAUGCAUUACGAGUGCUCGACUUACGAGUUUGGAUGUAAGACAAAGAUCUUGAAAGGAGCACCGACAAAAACCUGCACCAUGAGUUUAAAGGGUCAGUUGACCUAAAUUACAAAAAUGAAUUGAAUUCUGUCUGUGGUGCUUGUUGUGUUGACAUUAUUUGGCAGCAACUUGCCCUUUCUGGACAAAUUAUUUGGGAUAAUUCACUUUCCACUGGGGCUACUUUACACUGUAGAAAUGUAUAUUAUAUGAAGUAAUAGGGAAACUUUCUGGAAAGACAAUUUGCUGCAUUUUAAAAUGCUAUGAGCACCACAAACAAAAUUCUCUUUAUUUCCAUUGUGUUGGCUAUCAAGGCAGAAAUCAUAGUUCUAGAUACUGUGACAACCGUAAUUAUCCGCUUUAAUCAAUACUACUAGUCAAACGUGGGAUUAUCUGUAAUUUGGGUGAACUGACAGCCCAUCCAAUCUCUUUUUAAAAGUCACCACUAUUAAUGAAAAAUGAGACACCGCUUUAUUGUUUUUGGAUGUCAGAGUUCAUGAUGAGUUCAGAGGUUUGUUCUGGGGAGACCUUGAAGUGUUAUUGCUGGACUGCACUGGAACAUUUCCAUUUAAACCUUCGCUUUGUCAAAAAAAGACAGAACUUGUUUGCGAAAAUGGGUUUAAUUCUUGCAUUUGGGGAAAGAUGCAAAGAGCGAGGUGUUUGAAAUUUAGACACUGGCAACAUUUUAAGCAUUUUUAUAAACGUCACAUUCCCUGCAUUUAUUUUUUUUUAAUAUUUGUUCAACCACAAACUGUGCUCACAGGUACAUAUUUUCCUAAAUUUGAAUCAGACCUGGCAAAUGACACAAGCCCAAGCUAUAAAAAUCGUCACUUUCUGUUCAAGACAACCAGCUGAUUAUUUUGAAAAGUGCCAUGCAAACAUUUGGCUGAAUUCACUCAUCUGUAGACACAAGUGUUGUUUCUCAACUUGCGUGUACAUUCAGCUGUUAUGUACAGCGCAGGGAAACCAAACAUGUCUCGUCCGAUGGGUUUUCCUUUCUGCAGGUCUGAUAAACAUGGAGUUACCUCUUUUUUUCCCUUCGAAGCGUUAGAGGUAAACUCCGGUUGUGAGAGUCGUCUAAAUCCUGUUGUCCACCGGGAACUCCUGCUGUCAUUUCCUUCUGCCUCGCUAUCUAAAGCAUGUUCAACAACCCACUUUAAAUGCCAACCGUAGUAACUACAGCAAACCAAGACAGAAGGUACAAUCAGCACAAACUGAAGAAACCAGGACUCUGACCGGAGCUGGAGAAUCUGGGACAAAAUGGCAAAAACAGAAGUUCUUAAAGCAGUGGCUUGUGUUUAACUGUGAACAAUAAAGAUCGUCUUCAAUGUUUUGCACUACAA